AUGGUCUCUUUCAGCUUCAUCCUCACUCUUUCCCUUGCCAUCACUUCGGCAUUGGCAACUCCAACCCCAACUGAUGCAGACAUCAACGGGGGCCAGGUCUACACCUGCAAGCGAGGCGCCAACAACGACGGCGAGCUGAUUGGCAAAGUCCCCCAGGACAAAGCCAUCGGCCAUUUCCGUGAGGCCAAAACCAAAGCCGGCAAAAGCGGCUAUCCCAAGCGCUUCUACAACAACGAGAACCUCAAGUUCAAGAAGGGAUGUCGCGACAAAAAGGUGGAGCUGUGGGAGCUGCCUGUCUUGAACGGUGGGCAGCGGUACGCCUACGACAAGCCGAAGCAGGAGGCUCCUCCGGGCCCGAUGCGGGUUUACUACACCAAGGACUUGAAGUUCUGUGGCAUUGGGACAAAGUCCAACCGCGAUAACUCGGGGCCUGUUCAUCUAUGCAAGGUCUGA